CCGAAAGGGAGAGAGAGGAAGGUUAUUUAAGCCUGAGCAGGUCUGGAGGUAUUUUACAGCGAUGGCUUUCUACAAAGUGAUGUGUUUGGCUGCUGGGCUGAUGCUCCUGACCCAAGAGUCUGAGUCACAGCUGGAUGUUUGUGGUCAGGCGCCUCUGAACACCAGGAUUGUAGGAGGACAGGUGGCCCCUGUUGGCAGCUGGCCCUGGCAGGUCAGUCUGCAUAUAUCUGGGUCCUUCUGUGGAGGAUCCCUCAUUAACAGUCAGUGGGUGCUGACUGCUGCUCACUGCUUUAAAACCAAUGACACGAGUGGGGUGACUGUGACUCUGGGCCGUCAGACUCUACAGGGAUCUAAUCCCAAUGCAGUGUUUCUGACAGUAACAAAGAUCAUUCCACAUCCAAAUUACAACUCUAAAACCAGCAACAACGACAUCUGCCUCCUGCAGCUCUCCUCUGCGGUGACUUUCACCAGCUACAUUUCUCCCGUCUGCCUGGCAGCUUCAAACAGCACCUUCUACAGCGGUGUUAACAGCUGGGUCACCGGCUGGGGCAGUACUAAAGAAAAUGGCACUGUUUCAGAAAACCUGAUGGAGGUGGAGGUUCCUGUUGUGGGAAACAGGCAGUGUAACUGUAACUAUGGAGUGGGAAGAAUCACUGACAACAUGAUCUGUGCCGGGUUAAGUGCAGGAGGAAAGGACUCCUGUCAGGGGGAUUCAGGAGGUCCAAUGGUGAGCAAGCAGAACGGUCGCUGGAUUCAGGCGGGAGUCGUCAGUUUUGGGACCGGUUGUGCCAGGCCGAAUCUUCCAGGAGUCUACGCCAGAGUAUCCCAGUACCAGACCUGGAUCAACAACCAGAUCUCCUCCAACCAGCCGGGCUUCAUGACGUUCACGUCCACUGGGACCAACAGUGACCUCAGUGUUACCUGCACAGGACUGCCACCAGUGCCAACCACCACCCCUACCACCACCGCCACCACCACUACAACCACCACCCCUACAACCACCACCCCGGUGUUCUGUGGACAAGCUCCGAAGAAUUCUGGCAUUUUGGGAGGAACCUCGAUGGCGACAGCCGGCUCGUGGCCGUGGAUGGCGAGUCUGCAGAAGAAUGGAAGUCAUGUGUGCGGUGGGACUCUGGUGGCCUUGGACUCAGUGCUGAGCAAUGCCGAUUGUUUCUCAAGCUCCCCUGUAGCGUCCGAGUGGACUGUCGUGUUGGGGCGUCUGAAGCUAAAUGGAUCCAACCCCUUUGAGGUGACGCUGAAUGUGACAAAUAUCACUCUGAGCAACACGACCGGGACCAACAUAGCCAUCCUCCGUCUAUCGGCCCAGCCCACCCUGACCGACUACAUCCAGCCCAUCUGCUUGGACAGCGGGAGAACCUUCGCCAAGGGCUUGGCGUGCUGGGCGGCCGGUUGGAGUCCUGGAAGAGGAGGAGCUGAGGAAGUUAUGCAGCAGUUCAACACCUCGGUGGUAAACUGUGGGAGCUCAUCAUCCAGUGAGAGCAUCUGUACAGACGUGUUUACACUGCAGCAGGGUGAUUCUGGCGGCCCUCUGAUGUGUAAGCAGGGCGGCUCUUGGUUCCAGGCGGUCGUGUUAACAGCUCCAAGCCCCUCUGCCAGGAGAAGACGAGAGACUCCAGUUAUGAACUUCACCAGAGUGAGCUCCUUUGGUACCUUCCUGACGAAGACGCUGGGGACACUCUUGUCUCCUCCCUCCACGACCACCACCACCAACCCCACCAACGCCUCUAACACCACCACCAACACCACCACAACUACCUCAAACCCCAUAUCACAAAGCAGCGGGGGUCGUCCUGCUCACUCCUUCAUCUUUGUCCUCUUCCAUCUCCUCAGCCUCACCUUCUGUCUCCAACUCUUCCUGUAGAGAGUUUGACUUGAUCGACAUGAUGUGAUGGACACAAAUGAAUGUGAACAAAGAGCUCAGUGGUGACGUUUGGGCGAGUUUACUGUCGGCUAACGGCGACUUAGGUGCACCAGUUCCAAGAAAAGGAAGCUGGUUGUGCAAUGUGUGGCUUGAGCUCUGACUCACAGGGGCUUUGAGCUGGACUCUGGUUUAACCUCCUAGGACCUGGCGUCCACAUAUGUGGACAUCACAUUUUGGGUUAUUUAGGCCAAAAUACUAAAUCUUGCUCUACAAGGGCCUGAUAUCCACUUACAAGGACACUAUACUGCUACUCUUCUAUCGACUUUUUAAAUGAUUAUCCUCAUAUGUGGCUCUGAUUUUUCUUAGAAA